AGUCGUGUUCAGACCUUCCUACUCUCCGGUUCUCUCUCGCAGCUUCUCUCUCUCUAGGCUCCGAAGAAGAAGAAGAAGAAGCGAAGGAAGGGAAUAAGAUAAAUAAAAGAUGAAGGAGAAACAGGAGAGAGAUGAUAAAGAAUGACAAGGAAGGAAGGAAGACAAUAAGAAUAAUAACGAAUAUGGAAAAGAAAGUGAAGGGAGAGGAAAGGAGAGAAGACAGAACACGAUAAGAAUAAGAGAUAAACAGGAAUAAAGAAAGAAACUGAAGAAUUAUAAAGAAAAGUAUUAAUAGAACAGUGCUUGCAGGAAACUGAGAAUAAAGAUAUGAAAGAAAAAUAAAAGAAAACAGAACGAGAAAGGAAAAAAGAAGAGAAAAUAAAAUAAAAUGCAUGAGACAAAAUAGCAAAAAAAUUUACGAAAACACGAGAAAAACAAAGAAAUAAAUAAAGUGACUGCUGGAAUCGAAAGAAAAUAAGAGAAAAUAAGAGAAUAAGAAGAAAAAGAAUAAAGGAAGAAGAGGGGAAUGAAUGAUUGAGUGGAAAUAAGAAAUAAAAUAAGAUAAAAAUGAAAGAAAGAGAGAAAUAAAGAUAAUUAAAGAAAACGAGACAAAGAGAAGGAAGAAAUAAAACGAAGAAAAGAUUAAAGAAAGGAAGAAGAAGAAAAAGAAAAGAAAUUAGAGAGAGUGAGCGAAAGAAAGUGAGAAAAUAAAAAAAACAGUGAAAAUAAGAGAAAAAUCGAAGUUCUCCAUAAAAUAACGUAGAAAACGAAGGAGAAGAGAAAGAGAAACACGAAUAAAGGAAGGAAAAAUAAAGAAAAACACCAAAAGAACGAAAAAAACGAGGAAGUGAACGAAAAUAAGUGAUAAAAAUAAGAAAAAAAUGAAGUUCAAAGAGAAAUAAGACGAAAUAAGAGAAAAAUUGAAGUAGAAAACGAAAAAUAGAAAGAUAAACACGAAUAAAGGAAGGAAACAUAAAGAAAAAGACGAAAAGAAACAAGAAAACGAGGAAGUGAACGAAAAUAAGUGAGAAAACAACAAAAAAAUGAAAACCAAAGAAAAAUAAGACGAAAAAAAAACGAAAAAAUAAGAAAAAAAGGAAAAUAAUAAGAAGAAAACGAAAAAAAACAAAGUGAACGAAAAUUAAUGUGAAAAUAUGCUAAAUUCAGAGAAGAUCGCAGUGUUUAGGAGCAAUUCAGACACACAGCGAACGACGAGGAAGGAAAAGUUUCGUAAUUUUUCGCUCAGGUGUCGCCGCUUUGCUUGGGACGAGGAUGGCGGCGGCGGUGGCGGAGGAGGAGGAGGAGGAGGAGGAGCAGGUUCAGUCCCUAUCGGAAGAGUCACAGGAGGAGGAGGAGGAGGAGGCGGUGCGAGCGGCGGGGGAAGAACCUCAUCAUUGCGUUACUCCAAAGCGAACGGUUCCACACACACCUCUCUGGGUUCUCGGCCUUCUACCGGAGAACCAGCGCCGCGGAGGUCAAACUGGGAGGUUAUAGAACAUUACCACAAGUCUGGGUUGGUCGGGGCGUCCUCCUCCCGCAGCCCGACGGAGGAGGAGGCGGAGGAGGAGGAGGAAGUAGAGAGUAUAUUAGAACCUGGGGGCGUUUGGUGGGACGUGUGUUCCUUGUGCAGGAGGGUGUUUAAGUCUCACCAGUUUAAGAACAUUCACGUAGAAGUUUUAUAUCAAAGGUACUUCCUACGUAUGAACCAAGCUAGCAUGAUGUCCUUCCUGGGCCUCCUGCUGCUAGUGGUGCUGGCGAUGCUGGCCGUCUUAGCGUCAAUAGGCCUAUCCAAGUUUGCCAUUCACGCGGCCACGCUCUCGACUUUCGCUCUUUUGUACUUGGCACUAGAAAUCUUGCUGUGGCGGUCUCGCUUGCUGAAUGAAGUUUAUCUAAUAGUUUUCUCGUAUCUCGUUCUCAUUUCGUUCUUCGGGAUUGAAUUGCUGGUGACUUUAAGUACUCAGCCGCCCACAGCGUCCUCCGGGGUGUGGGCGACUCUCUUCUCCGUCUACAUGACCUAUACGUUGCUGCCGCUAAGGAUCGUAGAGGCAACAGCAGGCGGGGUCCUCCUCUCGCUAACUCAUGUGGUGUGCACGCUGAAUAUUCUCCCGGCAGCGACGCCCUUCCUCUGGCAACAGGUGACAGCCAAUGUGGUACUGUUUGUAUGCGUGAAUAUAGGCGGACUGUUCACUCACUACCCCGGGGAGGCAGCGCGCAGGCAGGCCUUCAUGGAGACCCGGCAGUGUGUCUCCACCAGGAUUAAGACACAGAGGGAGAACAGUGAACAGGAAAGGCUGUUGCUGUCAGUGUUACCAAGACACGUUGCAAUGGAGAUGAAAAGUGACAUAGCAGGAAAACCACAAGACAAGAUGUUUCAUAAGAUAUAUAUACAGAGAUACAAUAAAGUCAGCAUCCUUUUCGCGGACAUCUGCGGGUUCACCACUUUGUCCGACCAGUGCACGGCGGAGGAGCUUGUAAGGUUACUAAGUGAGCUGUUUGCAAGGUUUGAUCGCCUUGCCAACGAGCACUCCUGCCUUCGCAUCAAGCUCCUGGGUGACUGCUACUACUGUGUGAGCGGCGUGCCUGAGCCCCGAGCCAACCAUGCCCAUUGCUGCGUGGAAAUGGGGCUGGAUAUGAUAGAAGCCAUUGCGUUGGUACGUGAAGUGACGGGCGUGAAUGUCAACAUGAGGGUGGGCAUUCACUCUGGGCGUGUGCAUUGUGGCGUCCUGGGUCUGCGGAAGUGGCAAUUUGAUGUUUGGUCUAAUGAUGUGACGCUAGCUAACUACAUGGAGUCUGGAGGCAUACCUGGACGCAUCCACAUCACAAAGGAGACACUGGCUUACCUCAACGGAGACUACAAGGUGGAGGCGGGCAACGGCGGUGACAGGAAUCCCUACCUCAAGAUGAUGAACAUUGAAACCUUCCUCAUUGUACCAGACGAUGCUAACAAGGAUCCGCACGCCAAAAAGGCAUCUACCUACAGCAUGAACGGCAGUGUUAACAAGGAACUGAAAAUGAUUGGCCAUGAACCCACAAAACAGAGUAGCAACAUUCAUUCUAAACUAGGCCUUGGUGACGUGCAGGGGGGAAGAACGCCACAGGAGGUGAACGAAUACUUGGCUCUUGCAAUAGACGCAAGAUCAAUUUACAGACUGAGGAAGGAGAAUUGUAAGCCAUUUCUCCUCACCUUCACCAAGCCAGACGUGGAGGAGAAGUACCUUCACGAGAGAGAUCGGAUGCUGUCGGCUUAUUUCACCUUCUCUUGGAUCACUGUGGUUGCGGUGUGUGUGGUGCAGCUUCUUAUUAUCCCAAGGUUCUAUGUGUCAGUGGGAGUCUUCCUGGUGGGCAUUGCAGUGGCCUCUCUCGCGAUGGUGCUGGUAGUUGGGGAAAACAGUAAGGUAAUGCCGCGUUGGAUGGGCCGGCUGAGCGAGGGGAUAGCCGGCAGCCGAACAGUCAGCCAGAUGUUGGCCGCACUUCUCAUUCUUGUCAUGUUCCUCUGCUCUAUAACAUCUAUGUUCCUCCUCGACUUGAACAGCUAUCACGACUGUUACAUCGCCACCACCACCAUCACCACCUCCAGCAAUACCACCACCACCACCACUACCACCAACACCACCACCACCACCACCACCACGGACAGAGAAGAAGACUACGACUACCCAGCGAAUGAGUCGGAGGUCACGCUAGGUCACACCAUAGGCUGGGUUGUGACCUCUGGCCUGACCGUGCAAGCUGGAGAGAGGUCAGGUCAGAGGUCAGGUUUCAAUGUCACAAGAGGAGAGGAGGUGAACAACUGUCAUGAAGAUGCUACAUCCCACUUCCCUGAUUACUUCACCUUCUGCGUACUGCUGGUGAUGGUGGCGUGUGCAGUCUACCAGCUGAUGUUUAGCAUUAUCAAGCUCCUCCUGUUGUCCGGCAUCUGCGUGGCGUACAUAUGUAUGGUCAUGUUCACCCACGCUACACUCUUCGACAACCAGGAUGCACUUAUACUUAUGACUGAAGGGUACGGUGAAGUGUUUGUGUCGCGUUACGUGACGGUGGCGGUGUUGAUCGGUUUCACGGUGGUGUUUGUCAUCCACGCCAGGCAGACUGAGGCCACCUCCAGGCUGGACUUUCUGUGGAAGCUGCAGGCACAUAGUGAGAAGGAAGAGACAGAACACCUCCAAGCAUACAAUCGUAAGCUGAUCUCCAACAUACUACCAGAGCAUGUUGCCAUCCACUUCUUGAGCGUGGACCGAGCUUCUGAUGAGCUCUACCACGAAGAGUGUGAAAGUGUGUGCAUCCUGUUCGCCUCCAUUCCUAAUUUCUCGGACUUCUACGUGGAGCUUGAGUCAAACAAUGAGGGCGUGGAGUGUUUGCGGCUCCUUAACGAGAUUAUUGCAGACUUUGACGAGUUGCUGGAGGAGGAACCAUUCAAGAAUAUUGAGAAGAUUAAGUCCACUGGGGCAACGUACAUGGCUGCUGCAGGUCUGACCAAAGCUACUCGGGACCUCAAGAAUUUUAGCCACGUGACAGCCAUGGCAGACUAUGCUCUCCGACUGCGCGACCAGCUAGAAUACGUUAAUGAACACUCCUUCAAUAACUUCAAGAUCAGGAUAGGUAUAAACAUAGGACCAGUGGUUGCAGGUGUCAUAGGAGCAAACAAACCACAGUAUGACAUCUGGGGGAACGCAGUUAACGUCGCUUCAAGAAUGGACUCAACAGGAGAGCUGGACAAGAUUCAGGUCACACAGGAGGUUUACCAGAUCCUACACAAGAAAGGUUACCCAUUGACCUGUCGUGGCACCAUCAAGGUCAAAGGCAAGGGUGACAUGGUAACUUAUUUUCUGACUGGGAAGAGUCAUGAUGCUAUUGAGUGUUUGGAUGCGCCCUCCUCCGCCUCCUCCUCCCUGCCACGCUCUGACGCCAAAAGCUGAAGUGUGGUGGUGUGUGGUGAAGUGUAGUGGUAGUGGUGGUGGUGGUGGUGGUGGUGGUGAGGUCUGUUUUCAUUCUUGGUUUAUUUAUUUAUUUAUUUUUUUUUCUCCUUUUUUUUCUUCAUUUCUUCCUCCUUUCUCUGUUUCUCUUCUCUUUUUUUCCCUCUUAAUUUCUUUCUUUGUUUUUUUUCUUUUCUUCUUCCUCUGUUUCCUGUUUUUUUUUUCCUUUUGCCUUUAAUUCACUAUUUUUCCUUCCUGUGUCUGGAAAAGAGGACACAGGCAGCUGGGAAUAUGCUGGAAAUAGUUAGAAAUAGCUGGAAAUUAUGGAAAUAUUGAAAAAGCACUGAAAAUAUUGAAAAACAGCUGGAAAUAUUGAAAAAGCAGAUGAAAAUGAUGAAAAACAGUUGAAAAUGUUGAAAAUAUACAGAAAAUAUUGAAAAAAUAAAAGAAAUCAUGAAAAAAAUUAAAAUAUUGAAAAAAAAACACAAAAUCAGAGACAAAGCAACACGAACCAAUCAAAAAAUACCUGGAAAUAGUUAAAAAAAAUAUAAAAAAGAUCUGAAAUUAUACAAGAAUAUCAAAAAAAAUCCAUAAACUUGUGAAAAUAAUUAAAAAAACGCAAAAAAAAAAUAGCCAAUGAAUAUUUAGGUGGCUCUGCUCUGCUACCCAGCCACACUCUGACAGCAGGAGGUGCCGUGUGGCCGUGUGGUGGUGUGUGGCGAACAGUAGUGAGCCGUGGUGGUGUGUGUCGGUUUGUGUGGUAGAAUUACGCACCAGUCUGAUAUUUUUGUGUUCUGCCCCGUGAUUGGCCAGGAAAUAAGGGACAAAUAGCUAGAGGGGUGGAAAAUAGGUUGAAAUUUGCUUAGGUGCUAAAAGAAAUGAGACAGGUGGAGUAUCUUGAGAAAUAUGAAGAAAAAGACAAGAACAAGUUAAGAUAAUGAAAAGAGUAUUUGUGUACAGUGAAAAAAGAGGUGGAAAUAUGCUUAGAUAAUUAAAUAGAUGAUAGAAACAGGUGAGAUUUUUUAGAAACACCUGGAAUAUCGAAAAAGUAAGGGUAUUGUAGCUUUGAAAAUACAAAUAGCAAAUUCUAACCUAGGAAAAAGACAAAUAUUGAAAUUUUACCUAACCGAACUUAAUGGAAAGAGACAUAGACAUAAUAUUUCACCAGACAUAUGUUAUACUAACCCAAAAGUGACAGAAAAUGGGAAAUCAAAUAAAUGAAAAGGACAAACGGAAAAUCUUACAACAUUUCUUAAGCCGACCUAUUAAAAAAGACAUGACAUUCAGUAUUCAGCCAGUAAUGUAUCUGGGGAAAGACUUAGAGAAAAUAAAAGGGGUGGUAAUAUUUAAAAGACUAAUUUCUGUUUUCUUUUUUUUUGUGUGUUUUUUAAAUAAUAAAGAAAGAGAUGAGAUUGAUUUAGAUGGGAAAAGAUUUAAAAAAUUAUGAAAAUAUUUUAAAACUAAUUUAUUUAUGUUUUUUAGUGUUUUUUUUAACUAAUAAAAUAAAAAAGAUUUAUUCAACUAGAAAAAAAUGAUGAGAAAAAAAAAAUUAUCUGUUUUUAAGUGUUUUCAAACUAAUAAAGAAAAAAAACAACUUAUUCAACUAAGAAAAAUUUAAAAAAUCAAUGAAAAUAUUUAAAAAAACACCAAAGUUCUGUGUUUCUUUAACUAAUCAUAAUUACUUUGACAAUGCACCUUUUCAUCCAGGCCAGUAAAACUCUUAAUGGUACUUUGGUACGUUAAACCGACCAUUAAUCCGAGACACUACAGUGACGGCAGCUAUGUAGGUAUUGUGUGUGUUAUAAUGUACUGUGUUAUUGUACUGUGGCCAAAAUGAAUGUGUAGAGGUGAGAGAGUAAGGAAAAUAAGAGGAGGGUUAGCGCAAGAAGCCAUCAGAACUACACAUGGCAGUCUCUGUGAAAUAACAUAAAAAAAUUCUGAUUAUAGAUGAAUGAACUGUUUUUUCGUGUGUAUAGACGCCACGAUAGGUGAAUUAAGGGUAUUUUCAGCAUUCCCUACCAUGUAUAAAUGCCGCGAAACAUGGGAUGAGCUAAGGAAAUAAUUUUUGGUGUAGGAAGCUUUCAGGCCUACAUGUUAUAGAUGGAUAAACUGUACUUUCGCAUGUAUAGACGCCACGAUACUGAGAGAGUUUACGUUUGUGAGUAUAGAUGAAAUAAGAACACAAGCCAUCUACACUUGGCAGUCCUUGUGAGAAGUAUAGAUGAAUGAAAGGCGUUUUCAUAUUCCCUGCCAUGUAUAGACGCCACAAUACUCCAAUAAACAAAUAAAAUAAGAGAAUAAGGUAAGCUGGAAAAAUUAUAUUAACCUAAUGUUAUAGACGACUGAAUUGUAUCUAAACGUUCCCUGCCACGUAUAAAUGCCAUAACUCCGAGACUGGUGAAGUGCCAUGUAUAAACGCUGCAAUUUUGAGACAGUGGGUAUAGAUGAAAGAAAUCCAUUCCUGUUUUUCAUGGUGAUAAGAUCCAGUGAUGUAACAUAGCCUAACGUAACCUAACCUCACGUGAAUAUAGAUAAGUAAAGGGUGUUUUUAUGAUGUAUAAACGCUGCGAUAUCAGCCGGAACGUGUGAU